AGAUACACGCUGCCACGUAAAGCCCGAUAUCUCAGUGGGAAGACAACAAACCGAAACACCCGCAAACAGAGAAAAUGAUUUCCUCCUCAACCUUAUCCUCCUUGUCGAACAUCCCGCCAACGCCGUCGCAGCCCACCGCCCCGACCUUCUCCGAUCCUCCGUCUUCGCCUGAAUCUCCCUCGCGCCGAAUCAAAUCAAGCCCGCAGCUGAACCGCUGGUCAAGAGCUCGCGCCGUCCGGUCUGGCCGUAAAUUGAGUCGCCCGGUCGAGAGAUCUGCUGAUGUGAUGACUGCCGCCGACUCUCCCUCCGAUACUAAUAACAGUAAUGGUAGUGGAAAUGAGCUGCCGCUUUUUAGCGACGGCGGGGAGGGUUUAGCCGCCGCUAAGUCGAUAUACAUGGUUUCUGACGGAACGGGGUGGACGGUGGAGCAUUCCGUCACCGCUGCGUUGGGUCAGUUUGAGCACUGUUUGGUGGAUCGCGUUUGCCCGAUUAAUACCCAUUUAUUUUCGGGGAUUGAUGAUAUAGACCGAUUGAUGGAGGUGAUAGCGCAAGCGGCCAAGGAAGGAGCAAUGCUAGUAUACACUCUCGCCGAUCCUUCAAUCGCCGAAUCAGCUCGACAAGCCUGCCAGCUGUGGGGUGUGACAUCUCUCGACGUUCUUAGCCCCAUAACCGAAGCCGUUGCUUCUCAUCUCGGCGUGUCUCCUUCUGGCCUCUCCAGGUGGGCUCCCGGGCGGAACAGCUCGCUCGGGGAGGACUACUUUCGCAGGAUUGAGGCCAUCGAGUUCACCAUAAAGCAAGAUGACGGAGCAUUUCCCCGGAACCUCCAUCAGGCCGAUAUCGUCCUCACGGGUGUGUCACGUACCGGGAAGACACCGUUGUCCAUAUACCUCGCACAGAAAGGGUACAAAGUGGCAAAUGUGCCUAUUGUCAUGAAUGUUGACCUCCCGAAGAUGCUAUUCGAGGUCGACCCUGAGAAGGUGUUCGCUCUCACGAUCAAUCCGGUCGCAUUGCGAUCGAUCCGACGAGCAAGGGCGAAGACGUUGGGAUUGGGGGAUAGUAUGAUGAAAUGCAACUAUUCAGAAAUGGACUAUGUUAAACAAGAGCUUGAGUUUGCUAGCAAGAUUUUCCAGCAGAAUCCCAUUUGGCCUGUGAUUGAGGUUACAGCUAAAGCAAUUGAGGAAACUGCUGCAAUUGUGCUGAGGCUUUACCAUGAUAGGAAAAAUAGAUGUUUAAUGCCUAGGAUUUCGAAACGCUACUGAAUCUAUGUAUUUUCUCGUGAAAAGCAUUAUAAAGAUUUGGAGAUCAAUUCCGCCAACUGAUCUGGAUCUGGAUUUUGUUGGAGCAUAGAGUCUACAGGUGCUGAACACUAGAGCCAUGAUCCAACUGAAGGAAGACACUUUUCUUGGAGAUGGAGCUCAUGGUGCACUCCCACAACCCAAAACAUAGCCGAAUUCUUAGGCCCAUGGCUGAGUGGAAGACGAAUGGGGUCAGGUUUGGGGCUUUGGUUGCUAUAAUACUAAACAGUAGUUGUUUCCUUCUAUAUCCUAUCUUGUGUUCUUUACUGCUUCUCGUUAUUUCCUGACGGAUUUUGAUUGUUUUUAGUGUGGUAGUUUCACAGUUUUGCUGUCAA